AUGCCGUGGCGCAAGAAGUGGCUUGAUCCUGCGGAGCACGAGGGUGCGGAGCCAGAGUUUGGAAAGGUGUUGGAGAAGCGCGCGUAUGAGGUCUGGGUUAGCGAAGUUAUGUUGCAACAAACCCGCGUCUCGACUGUUAUACCAUACUUCAAUACUUGGAUAUCGAAAUGGCCGACUGUCGAGGCUCUCGCGGAAGCCUCACACGACGACGUCCUCGCCGUCUGGAAAGGUCUGGGCUACUACUCCCGCGCAACGCGUUUACACGACGGCGCCAAAGCCGUCCUCGCUACAACAGAUGACGUCCCCUGCAAGAUCCCCAGCGCUGUGGAUGCCUUGCAAAAGAUCCCGGGUAUUGGGCGGUACACCGCCGGCGCUGUGUCCAGCAUUGCCUUCGGAGAAGCGGAACCCGUCCUCGAUGGGAACGUCGCGCGGGUCUUGAGUCGCCAGCUCGGCCUCUACGUUGACGCUAAAGACAAAAAGAGCACAGAUGUAUUAUGGGAUGUAGCAGGUUCGCUGGUGAAGAGCGUGGCAGGGUAUCCCGAGCAAGGACGCAGCCCCGUCCCCGGACAGUGGAACCAAGCACUCAUGGAACUGGGCUCCACCAUCUGCACGCCGCGGCCGAAGUGUGAGGAGUGUCCGAUCCAGCGGACAUGCCGAGUGUACGCUGAGGGGCAAAUUCUGUCCACAAAGAAAGCCGCCGUGACCACAGACGUGCCAGACAUCGAAGACGCAUGUACGCUGUGCUUGCAACUCGACACCGAGGACCUCGCGACCGCACCUGAGGAUGCGGGUGACGAUGACGAAAAUGACGCCGCGCCAAAACCAGCAAAGAAGCGGAAGACAGAACAGAAGCCCCCUGCAAACACCAUAUCCAACUACUUCACCUCCCGCACGGCUCCAAACCCAAAACCAAAACCAGACCCCGCAACCCCAACCCUUAGCACCGAAGCUGCCCCUCCCGCUACGGAGUCUUCAAACAAGAGAAAAACACCGCCCGCAACGCCCGCCCAAGCAAAAGCAAUAGCAACAUACUGCUCUCUCUUCCCCAAAAAGAUGCCCAAGAAAGCCGUCCCCGAGGAAGACGCCUUCCCCCAGCAGACACUGCUACCCGCUGACCAGCUCACCACCGAAGUACGGAAAGCGACAGCCUGCGCUCACGUCGAGAGUCUUGGUCUGGGGUCUUUGGAUGUUGGUGAGGUUAGGGAGCUCGGGUCGCUGGUGCAUGUGUUUACGCAUCUGAAGCUGACGAUGCAUGUGGUGCAUGUUGGGCUUGAGGGGGCGGCGGAGGGGGGCAUAGGGGAGGGUAAGACGGCGAGGAAGUGGGUGGAGGAGGGGGAUAUGGGCGGGGCGACGUUGUCGACGGGCAUGCGGAGGUGUUGGGAAUUGGUUGCGGGGACUUAG